AUGUGCGGCAUCAUCGCUACCAUCCUCGCCUCCACCUCCGCCGACGCUGCCCCCGAACUCCACCAAGCCCUCUACUAUCUCCAGCACCGUGGCCAGGAUGCAUGUGGUAUAUCUACUUGCUCUAAGGGAGGCAAGAUAUACCAGUGCAAGGGCAACGGUCUAGCGGCCAAGGUCUUUCAAGAUGGCAAGAGAGUUGGGGAUCUGCCAGGGUAUAUGGGCGUGGCACAUCUGAGGUACCCAACUGCCGGCAGCAGUGCCAACGCCGAGGCCCAACCAUUCUACGUCAACUCGCCCUACGGCAUUUGCCUCACCCAUAACGGCAACUUGAUCAAUGCGCCAGAACUGAAGGAGCACCUGGACCGAGAAGCGUACAGACACAUCAACACCGAGUCGGACAGCGAGCUCAUGCUCAAUGUCUUCGCCAACGAGCUCAACGAGACCGGCAAGGCCAGAGUCAAUGCCUCUGACUGCUUCCGUGCGUUGGAACGGAUGUACAAGAGGUGUCAGGGUGGAUGGGCUUGCACUGCUAUGUUGGCUGGAUUCGGCUUGAUUGGCUUCCGUGACCCGAACGGCAUUCGACCCAUGGUCCUGGGUGAGCGACCUUCCAUUGAUGUCGAAGGCGGCAUGGACUACAUGAUGGCUUCGGAGUCUGUGGCUCUCAGUCAGAAUGGCUUCAGCAACAUCAGGGACAUCCGUCCUGGCGAGGCCGUCAUCAUCGAGAAGGGCAAGGCGCCGCAAUUCUCCCAGGUCUGCGAGCAGCGCGGCUACACUCCCGACAUUUUCGAAUACGUCUACUUUGCUCGACCAGAGAGCGAUAUCGAUGGCAUCUCUGUCUACAGGAGUCGCCAGCUCAUGGGUUACCGCCUAGCCGACACCAUCAAGAAACAGCUCGGCCCUGAUGUUCUCAAGGAUAUUGACGCAGUCAUCCCCAUCCCAGAGACGUCCCUCGUCUCAGCAUACGCCGUCAGCAAGCACCUCAAGAAGCCAUACGCUCAAGGCUUCAUCAAGAAUCGAUACAUCUUCCGUACUUUCAUCAUGCCGUCCCAGCGAGCUCGACAGCGUGGUGUCCGCGCCAAGCUGAACGCCAUCCCGCUUGAGUUCAGAGACAAGAACGUACUGCUUGUUGAUGACAGCAUCGUCCGUGGCACUACUUCGCGCGAGAUUGUGCAGAUGGCAAGAGAGGCUGGCGCGAAGAAGGUCUACUUCAGCAGCUGUGCUCCACCCAUCACCCACUCUCACAUAUAUGGCAUCGAUCUGGCUAGUAAAAGCGAGCUUGUUGCACACGGCCGCACCGUGGACGAUAUCGCUCGACACAUUGGUGCAGACGGCGUGAUUUAUCAAGACCUCGACGAUCUGGUCUCUGCUUGUGCACAAGAGUCGCCGAGAGACCCAGCGACACAGCAAUUCGAGGUUGGUGUUUUCUGUGGCAAGUAUGUCACACCAGUCGAUGAGGACUACUUCCUGCAUUUGGAGCGCGUCCGUGGCGAAACUCGUAAAAUGAAGGUCAUGGAAAAGGCCGUGCAGGCGGUGGUUCAUGGGACCGCGAGUCAGAAAGAGAUCAAGAUGGCAGCCAAUGGGGUGGAUGUCGACGAUCACGGCGAGGUCGUGGCGAGAGACAGCGGCUCUGAUGGUGAGGGUCGGUUACCGAAGAAGGAGCGUGUCGAUCGCCUUUCUCGUGGCAACAGCUUCGUCGUCGACUCGAGACCCAACGGCGUGGAGAACGAGACGAGUGAUAGCCAGGACAUUGCUCUGUACAACAUCAACGACUCGUGA